AGCGCUAUCCAUCUCUCCGCGCGCCGACGCGCUCUCGCGCUUCGCGCUGAUCGCCGAGACACGGCGAGUGGUGAAUAGUUGGGAUCGCCUGGCCAGCCGGAGCGGAUCGCGGACCACGGCAGCAUGGCUCAGAAGAAGGAAAAGAUCGGCAUCGUCGGCAGUGGGCUGAUAGGGCGCAGCUGGGCGAUGCUGUUCGCCGGGGUCGGCUACGAGGUGACCAUCUACGACAUCCUGCAGCAGCAGAUCGACAGCGCGCUGGAGGACAUCGAGCACCAGCUGAGCAGGCUCGAGGCCGGCAAGCUACUGCGGGGCAACCUCGACGCUCGGCAGCAGUUCUCGCUGAUCAAAGGUAGCUCGAGCCUCGGCGAGAUGGCCAAGGACGCCAAGCUGAUCCAGGAGUGCAUUCCCGAGCGCCUGGACGCGAAGAUCAAGCUCUACCAGCAGCUCGACCGAGUGGUCGGCCGCGACACCAUUCUCUCGUCUUCCACCUCCACCUUCAAGCCCUCGCUGUUCAGCGAGAACCUCGAGCACCGCGACCAGGUGAUCGUCUCCCAUCCGGUGAACCCGCCGUACUACGUGCCGGUGGUGGAGAUCGUGCCGGCCCCUUGGACACGCCAGGACAUUCCGGGCAGGGUCCGGGAGAUCAUGCGCGAGAUCGGCCAGGCUCCCGUGGUGCUGAGCCGCGAGAUAGACGGCUUCGCCCUCAACAGGAUACAGUAUGCCAUCCUGAACGAGUGCUGGCGCCUCGUGGCCGACGGCGUGCUCGACGUCAAGGACAUCGACACCGUCAUGAGCGAGGGCCUGGGCAUGCGCUACGCCUUCCUCGGGCCUUUCGAGACCGCUCAUCUCAACGCCGAAGGGAUGAAGAAAUACUGCGAGAGCUACUGCAACAGCAUUUACAACACGAGCAUGACCUUCGGCCCGACUCCCCGAUUCGAGGGCGCGAUGGCCGAGAAGAUCAGCGAGCAGCUCAACCAAGUGUGCCCGCUUGACAAAUUGCAGCAACGACGUGCCUGGCGGGAUAUCGCCCUUACUAAACUAUCUCUGCUCAAGCGGGAGAUGAACGAGCGCCCGUAAGCGACUGAUGUCGUACAAACCCAUGCGUGCGACAGCACGUUCAAAGCUCGACCGUCGGCUAAAGUCAAUUGUACGUUUAUGACGGCAGAAAACUAAUGAAAACCAUAAUUUUAUGACUGUUGACGCAGUGUUUGCUGAAAUUUAUGGUUUGAUUGUUCACUUUAACGGCAGUGUUAUUGAUUUGU